AUGAGUCGCACCAUUCCCAUCUGGAGCCUCAAAGGAAGGAUUCUUUCUAUUGGAUUGGUACCUUCCCAAAACGGACAGCCCGCUUUCGCCGAAUUUGUUGUUGAAACCGAUGAUGAUACAAGCGUUGUGUCUAUGGAAAGAUUCAAGCCUUUGCUGAAGUCAGUCCAUUGCAGCAAUGCUAGUUUGGCCGUCAAUUUCAAGAACCAGAAGUCGUUUGAAUACACCAAGCGUGCAUGGAAAUGGGUCAAUGAGAUUGAACGAAACACCCUUAUUGUGGUCGCCGGCACAGGUCAGUGUGGAUGGAAUACACAUAGAGUGCCUUUUGCCGUUUCGAAGAUUGAGUUUGACGACCACACCAAGACUGCAAAGUUGCAAGCUCGACGAUCAGAAUGGAAGGAUGUAUUCCAUUCCUUUGAGCUUUCAGUGGGCAGAGUGGCUAAAGAAGAAGUGUACGAUACAUGUGUCGCGCCGCAGCACAUGAAAAGAAAAGAGCACGAGAAAACCUUGACCAUGAGUUUUGAUCACCCGUGGAAACUUCCUCAGAAGGACUUUUCUACUCCCGAAGACGCUUUCUCUUUAACACUGUCGUGCGAUCAGUGUGGCACAAAAGGAAGCUUCGAACUCGGUUUCUACCUUAGGAACGAGAAACAUAUACCCAAGGCCGCAACAUUCACGCUUACACCCCACGGCGUGUCUACAAGGAUAGGGCCCAAGUUGACGUUAAGUGGAGACUUCACCGAAGAAUACUCUCAGCAGUUCGACCUUGCGAAGAUACCAAUAUACGGGUAUUCGAUACCUGGUGUCUUAGAUCUGGGCCCGGAAAUUGUCUUUAGCCUUGGUUUUAGCGUGGGUCCAGUCUCUGGUUCUGCGUCUAUUUCCUCGGGGAUAGACAUCAGCCUUCUGGACUCUGCGGAGCUCAAGAUUGACCUUCUCUCACCUCAUGUAGUGCACUCAGGGUGGACCCCCCAGGUACGUACUGAACCGGUGAAGGUAGAUGCUCAAAUCGAAGCCGGUGUCAAUAUUUAUGCCAAAGCUGCAAUUCAAUUAGCCGCUGUGGCUCUUGGUCAUGGAUUUGAAGCAGGCGUUAACUUGAAGCCUGUCCUCGGGGCUACAUUAUCUCUUUCUGAGUCAACCGCUGGAGCCUGCGUGAAUGAUGAAAAACAUCAUGUCUUUGGUGUCAGUGUGGCUCCCUCGGCUGGAGUUAGCCUUAACGCGGAGAUAACGAGGGCCAGUGACAAGGGGAAUCCAUUGGCAAAACUCACAAUUGCUGAUCUCAAGGAGGCCAUACCAGAUGCGUGUGUUGGCUUCGGUCCAGUUGUUGCAAAUAGCAGCCUACCUGCCAAACGAGAUUCAAGUGGGAUGGCGAGUAAUCAGUCCGACACUGAUUCCUUACCCACUGCUUCUUCUUCCCAGGUUCAUCGGGGAUAUCACAGGAGACACCAUCAUCAUCAUCAUCAUCAUCAUCACGGUAGAAGACAUUAG